CUUCGGUCGCAGCAGUUGGUGAUAGCGGCUCCUCAGUGAUUCUAGCGACCCGCUUGCGCCUGCCAUGUCGGACUUCGACAACAAUCCUUUUGCAGACCCGGACCUCAAUAAUCCUUUCAAGGAUCCUUCUGUUACACAAGUGACAAGAAAUGUUCCACCAGGACUAGAUGAGUACAAUCCUUUCUCUGAUUCAAGAACACCUCCUCCAGGAAAUGUGAGAAUGACUCAUGUACCCAGUACCCAGCCAGCAAUAAUGAAACCAACAGAAGAAUCACCUGCUUACACACAAAUUUCAAAGGAGCAUGCCUUGGCCCAGGCAGAACUGCUAAAGCGUCAAGAAGAACUGGAAAGAAAAGCAGCUGAAUUAGAUCGCAAAGAAAGGGAAAUGCAGAGUGUAAAUCAGCAGGGGGGUAGAAAAAAUAACUGGCCACCUCUUCCUGAGAAUUUUCCAGUAGGUCCGUGUUUCUACCAGGACUUUUCUGUAGACAUUCCUGUAGAAUUCCAGAAGACAGUAAAGAUUAUGUACUAUUUGUGGAUGUUCCAUACAGUGACACUGUUUCUUAAUAUCUUUGGAUGUUUGGCCUGGUUUUACAUUGAUGCUACACGAGGAGUUGAUUUUGUAUUGAGUAUCCUCUGGUUCUUGCUUUUUACCCCUUGUUCUUUUGUCUGCUGGUACAGACCACUUUAUGGAGCUUUCAGGAGUGACAGUUCAUUCAGGUUCUUUGUGUUCUUCUUUGUAUAUAUCUGUCAGUUUGCUGUACAUGUACUUCAAGCUGCAGGAUUUCAAAGAUGGGGAAACUGUGGGUGGAUUUCGUCUCUUACUAGUCUUAAUAAGAGUAUCCCUGUUGGCGUUAUGAUGACAAUCAUAGCUGCACUUUUCACAGCAUCUGCUGUUAUUUCAUUAAUUAUGUUUAAAAAGGUGCAUGGUCUCUACCGCAUUACUGGUGCUAGUUUUGAGAAAGCACAGCAGGAGUUUGCAACAGGAGUGAUGUCCAACAAAACUGUACAAACUGCUGCAGCCAACGCCGCAUCAACAGCAGCAACCAGUGCAGCUCAGAAUGUGUUCAAGGGUAACUGAAUGUAGAGAAAUAUAAAAAAUCAUGACAGUUCUCUUCCAUUGUACUUUAUUUUCCAGUCACUUAUUAUAUUCCCUAAAAACAUAUAUCAGGAUGCACACAGCAUAUUUGUUUCUUCUGCAGCAGUGCAUAGGUAAAAUGGGAAAUGUUUGUUUAUUUUAUAAUAAAUUUGUUUAUUUUUAAAAGAUAACCAUUCUCUGUGCUUAUUUAAAAUGUUGCAUUUUGGAAUAAUAAGCUUUCCUUAUUUAGGGAGGAUAAGGGAUUUCAACAACUGAAUGAGAAUGAAUUGUGGUAUACAAUGAUCAAAUAUAAUAUAUUAAGAAUUUGGAGGGUUUUUUAGUGGUUCAUCUUGGUGGGUUUUUUUAACUUCAGGAAAGAACUUUGGCUAAAUUGUUUUUCUUUGUAAAAACUGUUUUCCCUAUUUCUGCUAUAAAUGGGGUAGACUGAGAGAUGUAAAAGGUUAGGUUUGGCUAUGCUUUUGCAAUUUCAGUAGCUGCUGGAGGACAAAUACAAUUAGGAUAGAUAUAAAUUAUUUUCUUGGGUUUUUUUUUAGGAUAAGUCUUUUGAUAGAAACCUGUAAUUUUGCAUGAAUACUGUCAUCUGUACUUGUUUAAAUAGUGUUUUGGUCCAGAAUUUGCCUGCACAAAGUUGUAUCACUUGUUUCUAUCUAUUUUCAUAGAGUAUUCUCUACCUGUGAGAAAUUACUAUGAUGCAGAAACAUUCUCUGUAAUAGAAUGUGCAAUGCACUGUAUAGUUUAAGGAAGUUAACUGAUGGUUUCAAUCACAGAUUUAAAUUAUUAUAUAUUUUCUAUUUUUAAUUUCAGUAUUCAUGUCUUGGGGCAGUCAUUUUGUUGGAAAAGAAACAAAUAUUGACCUCUAGAACACUAGUUUCAUGCCACACUUCCCUCUUACAUGCAGUGGUAUUUUUGUUGUGUUUGGGAUGUGUAGAUUUGUAUUUAACAGUGGUAGUAAAUCUCCCGCCUUAUCAGUCACAAUGUUUACUGCUUGUCCAAAAAUCUAAAUAUACAGUAUUUAAUUUCCUAAAAUCAUGCUUUUUAAGCAAUGGCAUUUAACAGAUACAUGCUUUCAUUUUAAUUUAACUCAGCUAUUUCUGUGAUUUCAUUUAAGAUGGAAGGAAAAACAGCUUUUAAACUUUUGAAUUAGAAAAGUGAGAAAUCUUCAUCUUUCACAAAGCUAAUUUUAGCUCAUUGAACUGGAGGCCUAAGAGGUUAAAUUGGUGCUGUGGAACUGAACAGUCCAUAAUGGUGCGUACUAUCAAAAUAUUCUAGAAUUGAAUCAGGUCUUUCUACAAAGUGCCGUUUCUCUCCUUUGAAGGCUAUUUGAUAUUCUUGGAUUGCCUCAUGAGUCUUAUGCACAAUACUUGGGCUUUUUUUUUUAAACUCUGUUUUAGAAAAUUAAAACAGGAAGGGACCCCAUCCCAUAACCUGUAUAAGUACACACUGUAGAUGAAAUUAAUUCAGCUCUUAAGGUGUAUUACCUUUAGUAAAAGGUAAAAAUUCUGAGGCCCCUCCGUGUUCUGAAUGUGAAGACUUUGAUAGAUUCUUUUUCACUGCAGUGUAUUUAUAAUAGCAUAAUAGUAUUACAAAAAAGAAAACCUGUUGCUUAAUCCCCUGAUCAGGACUGUACUGUUAGCAUGAAGUCCCUACUAGUAUCCUUUCUUUUACCAGUUUCAUUAAAUCCAUCUUGAAUUUGGACUAAUGCAGUAGUUUCACCUAUGCUGAAGUUUAUAUUACUGAAUAUACUUAUUUCUAAAUAUUCUCUGCAUCAUGAAGUUAAAAUUAAUUUAAAUAUUCUGUGUAAUAGGGGCUCUACAAUUCUAUGCUAAGACUAAACUUAAAUUUGGGUGGAAUGUUAUUAAACACUUUCCAGACAGAAGUCACAAUUUUCUGUUGAGAUCAGGCAUCACACCUCUAGCAGCUGUAUAUCAAAAUUGUUCUUUUCAUAAUCUUUUUUAUUUAACUUGAGGGUUGUAUCUAGGAACUCUACUAUGGAUUACUUUUGAGUUGAAUUUAAGAAAUUCUCUUGGAUAUCUUUUGGAUAUGAAUCCCAGGGACAUCGUCCUUGCAAUUUAAUUUAAGUUCUAAGAUUGCAUAAUAGCAUACAUUACCAAAAUAUAUUAUGAAAGAAACAUUAGGAAUAAAACCUGAAUUUGACAGUUAGAUUCCCCCCUAUUCCCCCCUCCCCCUCAAAGUUUAACUGUUCAUUGAGAAAACAUAUUUAAUAUUAUAUAUAUAUAUAUAUAUAGGGAUUGUUGAUUUGCAAUGUCAUGGGUUGAAUGUACAAAUUUUAACCUCCUAAGUGAAAUUCAAGGUUCAAUUACAUGUGAAUUAUUUAAACCAGAAAUCUCUGAUGCUUUGCAGCCCUAAAGGGAGGGAGAUGUUUGAGUUUACCUUUGACAACAGAAGGUUGAUAUUUGUUAGAAUAUUUUGUACCUAACUAAAACUAUAUUUUACACUCUUAUUAAUUAAUCAGAGUAUGGUGCCCACUUAAGUUGUCAUUUUGUAGUAUUGUAGCAAAUUAAGUUCACAGCAUGAAGUUUAAACACUGGAAUGUCUGUAGUCAUUGAUUUGUAAUUUAGGAGUUGGUUUUAUUUAUCUGGGGGAUGUUUGUAUAUUUUGUAAAUUACUAAUAAUGCUCUGCCAUCCUGGUGAAUGUCAUAGUGCUCUACAAAUGCACUUCUGUCCUUCUGUUGCAUGUCUGAGUAGUUCAGAAGCUUUGUAUUUUUAUUGUAUUAACCCAGUGUCAUAGAAUAAAAAAAGAUUUCUUUUUCUGAA